UGUGGUGCAGGAACUUGAACUUAUUGAAGCCAUAGUGUUGCCAUACAAAGAAUACAGUGAUGACAAGUAUGAUGAGAAGUUAGGUUUCAGUCCUGAUGUUUUUUAUAGCUUGAAGAAUCUUCGACUCCUUGAUAUUGAACAAAAAUUUAUCUCAUAUGAGCCUACCUUUUUCCCUGAAAAGUUACAAUGGCUUUCAUGGUAUGGGUACCCAUUUUCUUCUCUUCCAGUAGCAGACAUGUGUAAGCUUGUUGGGCUUCAAAUGCACUUGGGAGACAAUGAACAUUUAUGGAUGGGACGAAAGAUUAUGCCCAACUUGAGAUUCAUUCACCUGAAUUGCAUGGACUGCCUCACAACAUUUCCAGAUAUCUCAGGGGCGCCAAAUCUUGAGAGGCUGGUUAUGUCUCAUUGCAUGUAUUUACAAGAGGUUCACCCUUCUAUCGGAUGUCACAAAAGGCUUGUUUACUUGGAUAUGACUGGUUGCAAUAUGCUCAAGGGUCUCGUGCCCAACAUUGAGAUGGAAUCUUUGGAGACUUUGAUUCUCUCGAAUUGCUACUGUCUUGAAAGAUUUCCAGAAGUCUCACCGAGUAUGGUUUUUGAAUCUCACAAGGUGUAUGAAUCUUAAGAGUAUUCCAAACUCUAUAUGUGAGUUAAAUAAUCUAGAGAUUCUUUAUCUCCACAACUGCAAGAAACUGCAAAAAAUGCCCGAUGACCUCGGAAGCAUGGAAAAGUUAGAAGAGCUUCAGCUAGGAUUUACGGUCAACACUUGGGACUUAGAAAGGUUACCAGAGUCGAUUAGUUUUUAUUCUUUAAUGAAUUUGUGUUCCUUAAAGAAACUAGAUCUUAGUCGUAGACAAAUCAGUGUCGAAGACUUUCCAACAGAUUUUCAUUCAUUUUCCUCCUUAGAAGAGCUACAUUUAAGUGCCAACUCUAAAUUAAUCCAAUUACCAACAAGCAUCUCCCAUCUUUCUCAUCUUAAACACCUGGGGUUGAAUGACUGUACCCAACUUCAAAAGUUAAAUGGGCUCCCGUUAAGAAUACAAUCAUUAAACGCCACUCGUUGCAGUGCAUUAGAAAAGAUUGAAGAUUUAUCAAAAGAGUAUGAGUGGUUGUAUAAGAUAUGGCUCCCUGGUUGCGUUAAACUCCUAAACAAUCAAGAGAAUGAACGAUGCCUUGAUAAGAUGCUGCACCAAUCUUUCCUUCAGAAAUGUGCUGCUGUAGGUCAUCGGUUUAGUAUAGCUAUCCCUGGUAGCAAGAUUCCUGGCUGGUUCGAAGAAGAACUACAUGGGUGUGAUAUAGCAUUGAAGUUACCUCCCAAAUGGAAUUCACAAAUCAUGGGGUUUGCGAUAUGUGCAGUGUUUCAUGGAAAGUGGUUUAUGGGGGAACGUUCUCCUAAAAUCAUGUUCACAAUUGAAAUAGAUGGAAAGCUGAUUCCUGCAGAUUCAGAGGUUGAUUUCAUCAAUGCAGCUACUGCAGCAACUGAGAAUGGGAAUAUAUGGAUUACCUAUAUACCAUUUAGCUUCAUUCAGAACAUGUAUUGUGAUUUUCCACGCGCAGAUUGGUCUCGUAUUGAAGAUAAUCAUGUCAUGACUAUAACAUAUACAGGUAUUAAGCGCGCUAUAAGAUGCGGGGCACAAAUAGUGUAUAAACAAGAUAUCGAGUCCAUCCAACAAGGUAGAACUUCCAUCUCGGAUUAUUCCAACGUUGAGACACGUCAUCUUCGUGGUAGUACUCACUCUUAUAUAGAAAAGUAUACAACCAAUUUUUGUUCGAUUGUAAGCCAUGAACUUUCACUGUAACAUUAACAAACAAUUGUAUGUUCUCUUCAUUUGAAUUUGAAAUAUCUAAUAUGAACCUACUUAGACUA